AUGCAAAGCUCUUUUUAAUAGAAGGACCUAACUGACAUAUUUGAUUCAGUAAAAGAUGUAGAUAUAAAAAUCUUUGGUGUCAUACUAGAAAUAUUAAGAAAGGAGAAAGGUAAAGAUUGCAUUGGAUUUUUAUCAGAUAUUGGGAAUCAGAAACAAUUAGAAUUAUAAAUUUUAGAAUAAGUAAGGAAUAUCACCCAAGCUGAUACUGAAUAAAAAUUGUCUCUUGUAAGAGAAGACAUGAAAUAAAUGACAGAGGUCUUAAAAAAAUUAAAAGAUCAUGAUUUCAACAACUAAGACUUUUCCUCAGAAGAAAAUGAAGAUUUUACAUUAAUUCUAAUCAACUUCAUUUAGGAUAAUAGAAGGAUCAUAGAAUUUCUCUAAUUUUUAGUUCACCUCACAUCCAUUGAUGAAACUUUUAUAUAAUGUGGGUCUAAUGCAUUUCAUCUAUUAGUUUAGGUUUAGGUGGACCUUAAAAACAAAAAUUAUGAAAAUAUAAAGAUCUAAAAUACAUCCCUUGUAGGAGCUAAUUUUGUUAGGUGUAAUUUAAGUGGAUCCUAAUUUAAUAAUGUCAACAUAAGUGGAAUAAAUUUGAAUGGAGCAUUAUUAUUGUAUUGUAAAUGGAACAACUUAAGAAUCCAUGAAUUAAAUACAUAAAAUGGUCAUAAUGGUAGUGUGUGGUCAGUCUGUUUCUCUUCUGAUGGAAAUACAUUAGCUUCUGGUAGUAGUGAUACCUCUAUCCGUCUAUGGGAUGUCAAAACAGGAUAAUAAAAAGCCAAAUUAGAUGGUCAUACNAUCUCUACUAUCAGAAGCUACUAUAUUUCUAUUAUAAGACUAACAUUGCCCUAUUCUAAUGACCAACUCACUUAUUUUCCAUAACUUUAUUUUAAACAUCCUCGAAGAACUUGGUCGGUCAUUAGAGACUACCUAUAAGCUUAAAACCCUUAUAGAUGUCCUCUAAAGAUCCUCUAAGACAUCAAGAUCAGUCUAAUUGCUAAUUAUGAACUUUAAAAUUCAAAGCUCGUAAAAUAGGUCUAACUUUAUCACUCUUCCUAUUCUUAUUCAAUAAUGCUAAUUAGAUCUUGUUAAAUGAAAACUCUCUACUCAUUAUUUCACUUAUCUUAGUAGUGA